AUCAAUUUUAAUUGUGAUUUAAUUGUUCAUCUAAUCAUUUUGUUAACUCCUUUUGAUAUUUUCUAUUUGCUUUCAUUUGUUUGGAAUUUUUUUCUCUAUUUGAUUUUAAGACUGUUUUUCUUUUUCUUUUCAAUAUUUUGAUUGUUUUGUUUUCGUUUUCUGUGAAACAAUUAGAUUUAAUUUCUUUUCUUACUCCAAAAUGGAAAAGAGUGAAAAGUGUUUCAUUAUUUCAAUUCCAUUUAGUCCAAUCUCUUGGUUAUCCUCAUCAAUUUACAAUGGAAAUUAUGAUUUUCGAAUUCACCUUUCACCAAUCAGCCAAUCAUCUACUGAUGAAGAACGUGUUACCUUUGAUGUUACAGUUUUAAACGAAAAUGGAUCGACCUUUGCUGUUCAACCAUCCAAAGGUAUUAAAUAUUCAGAUGAUUAUUUCUUGUUCAAAACAAUUACUAAAAACAAUCUCACGGGAAUUCGAAUUGAAUUUUUCGCUGAUGAUGAAAAGCCUAAAGUGUCUUCUUUUGCCAUGUUUGAGAACAAAUCUCCUGGAAUGGUUCAAUCUCCAAUCAUUGACACUGAGCUUAAUGUUGUGGGUACAAUUAAAGUUCAAUACUUGAUUGUUAAACCGUAUCCAUUUGAAUUGGACCAGGAGCCUUGUUCUAAGUUUAACAUUUUCCUCAAAAAUGGAGUCCAUGUUGGUCAUCGGGGAGCUGGAGUUAGCCGAAGAAAUGACCUAUCGGAUAAUAUCCUUGAGAAUACAAUUCUAUCCUUAAACCAUGCGAUCAAACAUGGAGCUGAUAUGGUUGAAUUUGAUGUUCAUCUUUCCAAGGACGAUAUUCCAAUAUUGUAUCACGAUUUCUCCGUCAACGUAUCACUAACAAAGAAAGGAUCAAAUGACGUUGAAAUCCUAGAGAUUCCAGUUAAAGAUUUAACUUAUCAACAGCUUAAAAUAUUGAAGCUUGGACCUUCACGCGAUCAUGAUGGACCAUUUGAUUUCCAUGCCGAUGAUACUGAAGACAAUCAACCUUUCUGUAGAUUGGAAGACGCAUUGAACACGGUUACCCCUUGUGCUUUUAACGUUGAGGUCAAAUAUGAAACGGGCAGUGGUUGUUACAAGGAUCUUAAUCAUUUCGUUGAUACAAUUUUGAAGACAGUUUUUGAUCAUCACAAUAAUCGUGAUAUAAUUUUCUCAUCAUUUGAUCCUGAUGUUUGUGCCAUGAUUAGCUUGAAACAGAAAAAAUUUCCAGUUCUCUUUCUGACUUACACUGAAGAUCGUAUGGUUAAAAUGACCUCCGAUCUAGAAAGAAUGACCUGCCUUGAAAUGGCCUGUUAUUAUGCAUCAGCAAUGGCAUUCUCGGGAGUUAAUUGUUAUGCACAAAAUUUAAUCACUGAUAAAUCAUUGGUUAAAUAUGUAAUCAACAAAGGAUUACUCUUAUUUUGUUAUGGCAAUCCAAUCAACACAACUUCAAUUGUUGAAGAUUUAAUCAAUGAAGGUGUUCACGGUGUUAUCUACGACAAAAUUGAUGUAAUUUCACCCAAGAAACUACUCGAAUCCACAAUUGCCGCUUCAACAUCAUCUGGGGACAUGCCCGUUGCCAGGAAAUUGUCAGCAACUAUUAAUGUUUUCAGUGUUGAUCCAAGUUCAACAAUUAACCAAGAUAAAUGAUUUCACAAAUGAAAAGUCAACAAUCAAUACCAUCUAUCACCUAUAGCCAAUUAUAUUGAGAAUUGCAAUCAUUGAUCUAUUACGAUUUAACUUGCUUAAUUGCUAUUUUACUCAAAUUUCCAGACUAAAUUAUAACCAAAAGUAUUUAAAUUAACUAAUCCCCUUUUCAAUAAUCAACCCAAGGCCCUGAAUUAUAAAUUAGCAUCAUUUACAGGUAUUAAUUUCUCAAUUGAAUGAUCACCGGAAAUAAAAUUAAUAAAAAAAUAAUAAGUUAACUGUUGAAUCAACAAUUAUAGUUUGAUUCUAUUGGUUAAAUUAAUUUAAA